UUAUGGACAAAACUUUUAUUGAGGACAGCAUGUAUUUCUGUGCAGUAAGGUACAGAAGUAUUUGAAUUCCUGUUGAUAUAAUCAUUUAUUUUGGCUCAGAGUCUUUACAAAGUAGCAGUUGCUUGAACAGUGUUUCUUUUGUUGCUGGAGGCUGAAUCGGGCAUCAUGAAGUUGGAGGUGCCUGAAAGCUUUGAAGAAGUUUCUAUUGAGUUUUCCAGAGACGAGUGGAAGACAUUGAGUGAACAGGAUAAAGUGCUGUACAGGGAGGUGAUGGUUCAGAAUUAUGAAUUCAUGGUUUCACUAGGAUAUAAAAUCCCACUAGAGCAGCUUUGUUUACUUCUUGCGAAAGGUGACUCUGUUUCAUCUCAUGACAGAGAAGGAAGAGGCAGGUCUCAACCGAAGGAUUUUCCUGAUGAUAUUAAUAAUGUUAACAGGAAUACAGAUUUCAGUGAACUUCAGAGUCAGCAGUUAUCACUUGGGCGAUACCAUCAUUCUGAAUGUGCCAGUGACUGGUCAGACAAAGCAUUAUUCGCAAGACAUGACUUUGUCCAGAGUGAGAACAGACAUCACAACUAUGUGGCCUAUAGCAAAGGACUUAAUAUGAAAAUGGAAGUAACAGAGCAUCUGGAAGCUUUGGCAGGGGAGACACCAUGCAAAUAUUUUAACUGCAGCAACAACAAAUUCACACUUAACAGUAACAGCUUAAGCAUUAUUUUAAUUCACAGUGUUAAAAGAGAAGGUAAUACUGUGGCAAAACAUACAGAGACAUUCAGUGGAAAGUGUACUAUGCAAGACAAAGAAUCUGCUAGGGACAUCUGCUUACCCCAUCAUCAAAGUCUUCCAAACGAACAGAAACUGUAUAAAUGUUCCAGAUGUGACAAGGAAUUUGUAGAUGAGAGAUGUCUGGCAGUGCAUCAGAGUGACCAUAGUAGACAGAAACCCUAUAAGCGUGCCACAUAUGGCAAACAUUUGCAACAGAAGUAUAACUUCCAUAACCAAAAGCUAGUUUGUAGUGGACAGAAUAUAUGUAAAUGUGCCAUAUGUUGUAAAGGUUUUACUUACAAAGCAUGUUUAGCAAUGCAUCAUAAUAUACACACAGGACAGAAACCCUAUAAAAGUUCUAACUGUUGUACAAAUUUUGCACAAAAAGGUAGCUUAGUGCAGCAUGUGUAUAUUCCUUCAAGACAAAAAAUGUAUAAAUGCAUAGUUUGUGAAAAGAGUUUUAAAAAGAAGAGCAGUUUGGUAAAUCAUCAGUUAGUCCACUGCAGGUAUCGCCCAUAUAAAUGUUCCACAUGUGAUAAGUGUUUUAGAAAAAAGAGCAAUUUGGUAGCCCAUGAAAGUAUUCACACUGGACAACAGCCUUACAAAUGUAUAACAUGUGACAAGGGUUUCAUAACAAAGAGCAGUCUGGCAGUACAUGAGUUUAUGCACACCGGACAGAAGCCUUACAUAUGUACCACAUGUGACAAGGGCUUUACAAGUAAAGGCAGUCUUGCAGCCCAUGGGAUUAUCCAUAUGGGACAGAAGCCAUACAGAUGCGUAACAUGUGACAAGGCUUUUGCACUCAGGUGUAGUUUGGUACGUCAUCAAAGAAUCCACACUAAUCAGCAGCCUUAUAAAUGUAUCACAUGUGACAAGAGGUUUAAAGAUAACAGCAGUUUGGCAGUCCAUGAGAGUAUCCACAGUGGGCAAAAACCAUAUAAAUGUAUUACUUGUGACAAGGGUUUUUUAUAUGAGAAAAGUUUGGCAGCCCAUGAAAUUAUCCACACGGGACAGAAACCCUACACAUGUACUACCUGUGACAAGGGUUUUAUAAAAAAGAGCAGUUUGAGAGCACAUGAGAGUAUCCACACAGGACUAAAUUGCUAUAGAUGUGCAAUAUGUGGCAAGAGUUUUAUAAGCAAGAGUAGCUUGGUACGUCAUCAAAGUAUUCACACUAAUCAGCAACCACAUAAAUGUACCACAUGUGGCAGGAGUUUUAGACAGAUGAGUAAUUUGAUAGCACACCUGACUGUCCACACUAAACAAAAGCCCUAUAAAUGUACUACAUGUGAAAAGUGUUUUAGUCGCAAAACUAGGUUGCUACAUCACCAAAGUAUUCACAUGAAUCAGCAACCAUAUAAAUGUAUCACAUGCGGCAAGGGCUUUGUAAGUAAGGGCAGCCUGACAGCUCACGAGGGCAUGCACUCUGGACAGAAGCCAUACAAAUGUACCAUUUGUGACAAGAGCUUUAUAAGUAGGGGCAGUCUGGCAGAACAUGAGAGCACACACACGGGGCAGAACUACUACAAAUGUGCUACAUGUGGCAAGGGUUUUAAACACAAGAGUAGACUAGCAGCACAUGAGGUUAUCCAUACGGUACAGAAACCCUAUAAAUGCACUACAUGUGACAAGGGUUUUAAACACAAGAAAAGUUUGGAGGCACAUGAAAGCAUCCACACUCAACAGCACCCGUAUAAAUGUUCAGCUUGUAGCAGGUGUUUUAUACAUCGACAUGGCUUGCUAAAGCAUCAAAAUGUUCAUCCUAAGCAACAGUCUUAUCAGCUUAUGACAUGGCAAGAGUUUUUGCAGACAAAAGACAUUUAGCAGCAUGUUGUAGUACCUGUACUGGACAGAAACAGAAUGAAGCUAAUUUUGAGAGUUGCUCUGUCUUUUAGCAGGACAUCUCAAGAUGUAAAUUGGCUUUUCUCCUACCUAUAUUAUUUUUGUGCAGUCACUUGGCCGUAGAAAGUGAUUGGAUUAGUUACAAAGAGCAGCUGUAUACCUUCACAAAAAACACUUUGUGGUAGUGUUAUAUUUACUACGGUCUUAACAAGGCAGAGCCACCCCCCAAUGUUGAUUAUAUAUGUAUGGAUCAGCUAUAAUGGGACUGCAAUAAACAUCUACUGAUAUCCUCAAAUCCAACAUAGUGAAUGUUCUGAAUUAUGAAGCAAACAAAACAAAGAUAAUAUCUACUCUCAGAUUAACAGAAUCAGUUAGGAAGAAAAACAAAACUAAAAAUUAAGCCAGAACUGAUCAUAAAAUAAACAGUAAUAAAUUAAAUGGGAAAAAUCUGACCUUCAGAUGACAAAUUAAAUCAAACUCCCAUCUGCCUGAGUUGGUAGUAGCUCAAAUGAACGGAAAGGAUUCCACAGCACCUCUUGAAAAGAAUAGUAUAAAUACCACCUUGGAUCUCCUCUGAGAAGAGACAGCUAGCCUAGUGGCACUCACCCGGUUAACAAACAGACAGACAAUAAAUAAAUAAAUGCACUCAUAAACAAAAAGUAAAUAAAAGAUAUAGAGAGGGAGAGCAGAAGAAUGAAAAUUUAACUUUGUCAGUGGCUCAGCAGACAGCCAUUCCCAGGUAGUGCUGGAAGAUCGGAACACUAUAGUUUCUAUUCCCACCCCAGGUAACUGGAUUCAUUUUCAGUUACUGACACCGCAGUGCAAAGUUAGGGUCUAUGACACUCCUGAGUGCACUGCUGUCCUUCGAAUGAAACAUUAUACUGAAGCCCCUAUUCGCCUGAGUUGAUGGCAACUCAGGUGGAUGCAAAUGAUCCCAUGACAUUUAUCGAAAACAGAAUUUCCCAGGUGUGGUACCCUCGCCAAAUGUUGACUAGUCUGUAUAAAUAGCCAUUGCCUUAGUCAUCUGUAUUCUAAUCAAUUGAUCAAAGAAAGCUAUGUAACACAACUUUGGAGAAAAGCAUUUAUUAUUCCUCUCCACAAAGGAGGCAAUAAUAACAUUUCCAAUUUUCGACCCAUCGCUAUCCUAUACCCCAUCUCUAAACUGCUAGAAAAAUGUAUUAAUUUACAGAUUUUACCUUACCUUAUAGAUAAUCACCUACUAACUUCCACACAACAUGGAGUCAGGCCCGUCACAGUACCGCCAGUGCUCUCUUCUCCUUCUUAGAGACCAUUAACAAAGCCCACGACUCUGGCUGUACUGUUUCCACUCUCCUCCUAGACCUAUCAAAGGCUUUUGACACUAUCUCUCACAGCAUUCUUCUAACUAAACUUUCCAAACUAAAUCUAUCCCUCUCGACUAUUAACUGGUUCACCAGUUACCUGUCUAGGCAACAAUCAGUUAAGUGGGAGAAAGUUACCUCCUCAUUCCUCAGCACUUCGACUGGUGUACCUCAAGGCUCCAUUCUAGGUCCCCUGCUGUUUAACAUUUUUAUAAAUGACUUCCACCAUGCCAUUCCCAAUACUAAACUUAUUCAAUACACUGAUGAUUCAGCUGUUAUCUGCUCUGCCACUUCUACCCCUACUCUCAUAAAAUUAACCCAAGGUGCCUUCUCCUCUACUGAAAAAUGGAUGCUAGACAAUCCUCUGGUACUUAAUGGAACAAAAACUAAACUCAUGAUAUUUACCCCUUCUAAGACCACCAUCAUUGAUAAAGACACAUUCAUUAUCACUAGUCACAAUAAUACUCCUCUUGAAAAAGUAUCCAAUGCAAAAUUACUAGGUGUCCUCACUGAUGAUCAGCUGAAGUUCGAUAUUCACCUGCAUACAAACAUCAACAAAACACAUCAGAAAUGUUACCGCCACAAUCGCUACCUCUCCUCUUCUACCAUGCUAGUUCUCUCCACCACAUGCCUCAUCCCAUCUCUCCUAUAUGGUGCCCCUCUCCUCACUAACCUACAAUCAUCCCUCAUAGCUAAACUUACCUAAUGCUACAACAAUUUUGCCAAAUUUGCCACAGGUCACCGAUCUUCCACUCACCACUGUAUAGCUGUUCACAAGCUGAAUUGGCUAGAGGUGCCCCACUAUCUCACUUAUAUCCAACUCAUCCAAGCUCAUAAACGUAUUUUCACUCCCUCACUCUGCCCCCCUCUCUAGCUUCCACCUUCAAACUGCACAUACCUGAUAGACUCCUAAGAUCAAACACUCAAAAUCUUAUUGAAUUACAUAAACCUGCCCGUCCACCUGGUAAGCUCAUACUAUAAUUUUCUCUAGCACGCCUCUGGAAUUCACUGACACUCCUGAUCUGUUCCACUAGCAGUCGCUCCUCCUUUAAAACCUUGCUUCACUCACACCUGGCAUCUCAUUGGGAAUGUUACUGCUCUACUCCUAUUUAACUACAUCUUAAACUUAGCCUUUCUCUCAGUAGGAGCUUACAUACUUCUAAAUUAUUCAACAACCAUUUUUUCUUAUUUUAUUUCUGUUACCUCUGUAUGAACCAUCUGUUUUUCUUAUUUUAUUUCUGUUACCACUGUAUGAACCAACUUUCUGUAAGUGAUACUUAUGAUUAUUACUCCUUUUAACUUGUAUCUAAAUUCAUGCUUGCAAUUGUACUUGCAUUACUGUACAAAAAUUGUUUAUUAUAUUCAUUAUAUUCUUAGUGCUUGUUUAUUAAAGAUUUUGUGUAUUUGGAGCUUUUCUCCCCAGGACUCCAUUGAAAACGGGCUAAUCUCAGCCCAAUGGACUAUCCUGGAAAAGCAACUGUAAAUAAAUAAAUAAAUAAUAAAUAAAUAUCUUCUCAGAUCUCCCCUGAAAAGAGGCCACUAAACUAGUGGGACUAACCUAGUCAACAAAGAAUAGAAAGGUUACAAACAUAUUUGCAAAUUAUUGAAACAGCCAAACAUUUAUGUUGGUCUGACACACAAAUACAUAAUAAAAUGUGACCUAAAGCUGAAAGGCAGAUAAUGGCUGCUGAAGACAGUGGAGUAUUCAUGAGAUGAUUCACAAGAUCUACAGAAAAUGCGGGCGAUACAGACAAAUACAGGUUCUGUAAUACAGACGUAAACCAUUGCAUGAUUUAUAGUUUGUUUACAAAUAUUUAUGGCAAAAGGUUUGUGCAUUGAGAAACACAAUAACAUGUCAAGACUCUACUGGAAACAUUACAGUUAAGAACAGAAGGAAUAGUGACAUGAGUAGUAAAGAAUAACUGAAAGCAAAAAACUGUGGUCUUUCGGCAUCAUCCACUACCAAGUAAUAAACAGAAGGAAAUUUACAAGAUAGUGUUCCUAAAGAAAAAAGGUCAAAGGUAAAAUAAGUCACUGAAAUAAUCAUCCGUGUAACUUGAUUGUCCAGGGUAGUGGGUGAGAUUAAUAAAUAUACCAUCACUGAAACAUACAAAGAGGGAAUCCUUUAUACAUUGUGUGGGUGUUGGAUAACAUUAACAUUGUUGAGAUCACUUCUUCAGCCAUAAGAUAUAAGCAAUAAGCUCUCCAUGUUAUAUAGACCAUGUACGUCAACAGAAAUGUGAAUCUUUUGUUGUUUACAGCAGUAACCCUGUUGUGUUCACCUGUUUUGUUUCUUGUAAUUGCUUAUUAAUGACCCACCCACCCCAAGUAUUAAUUUUCUAAAUUUCGUGCUUUGCUUUACUUCUGAGACCUACUAUUACUUUUUCUGGGGAAUGUAGCAGUAGAAAUGCAUGAGGAUUUCAUUUCUGUGGUGCUCUCCUUGCAAACUCAUUGUAGUCUUCCAGGAAAUUAUUGUCAUGCUUCUAAAUGGUAUGAGAUAUCCUUCUGUGACUGUUCACAUACAGUCUUUACUUUUACACACUGAAUUUGUGUUACUGUUCCUAGCAUCUUAUAUGGCAAAUGACUCGGUGUGUUAGGAGAAUUUGUGUCUUUUUGUGUUUCUAUUUGAAAAUGAGUCUUUACUUUUUGUUUUUAAAAGGAGAGUAUCAAAAAUGCAGCUUUUGGAAAGUUUUUUCAGUGCUGAUGCAUAGGAUCAAUGUAUACAACCUAAACUGUGUCACCCACUCUGUACUUUUCUGCUUUUUUUUGUGCAAAGUCACUAUUUUUGUUUCUGGAGCAUCCCGCUUUGUUUAGCCAGGUAAUACCACCUACAAUGUGGUGUCAUCAUACAAUCCCCUUCCCCAAAAUCAAUCCUUUAAAUAUGACCUGGCUUGACCUUCCCAGAAUAAUUUUCAUUCUCUGUAUGAAAGAGCCAGAACACUGAUUUGGGUGCUGAUAAAGUCAGCAUCCAAAGGAUAUAUGCUGAAUUUAAUUAGUUUGCUUCUGGUAAGUGCAUUGCUGUCUUAUAUAUACAUGUGUUACUGCCAUUGCCUUGCGCUGUACCAAAAUCAGUUUUGUAAUGUUUAGAAAGAACUUCAAAGAUUCAACACCAGCGAAAUGUACAACUAAUCCAAAAACACCAGCCAGCUUUUCACUCCUUACAAAACUUUUUAUUUUCAAAAAAAACUAAAAAUAGAUUAAGCACUUUCUACACACUUACAUCACAAUUUAAAUAGAAUUAGAAGGGGAUUUUGGGGAGUUUUGUCCUUAAUAAUUAAGUAAGGUAGUUAACCUUGUUUUAUAUAUAAAAAAGGAAAGAGUUUGAAAAAUAUAUUAGAAAGUGAGACAGGAGAUUCACAUUAAAAAAUGUAUGGGAUGAAUAAAGCAGAGCUUGUGCUCAGUGCAGAUAUAUAUUAGAAGGAAAUAUAUUACCCUUUGUAGUUAUCUCAGAGUAAUAGGGGGUAAAUGGAAAUAUAAUUGCAAUACUGUGGGUACUUUAUAUAGUGCAGUGCACCCCAUGUGAGGUGUUCUACACAGGGAAAACUGAAUGCACUCCUAAGUGUAGAAUAUACAAACAUGUAUACUCUAUAAAGAAAAAAAGAUUAAAAGAAUGCUUUAUUUAAACAUUCAAAUGAAUGUAAAUGUUUCAAAAGAUUUUUAUUUUUUAGGUGCCUAAAAAUGACAGGGAUGGAAACUGGGAAUCAUUUCUGGAAAGUAGGGAACUCCUGUUAGACUUUGGACAAUAUCUUGAUAUCAACGACAAGUUAAGUAUUAACAAUUUGUUGGUUUCAAAAUCCAAUUGAAUUUAAAUAGGUUUGAGUUAAUUGGAAUGUUUUUUAACAAGUUUUUAAUUUCUAUUUAAACGGUGAUGUAAGUGUGUAGGGACACUAAGACAUUUUUAAGUACAAGACACUUUAAAAGGAACUAUUACAUGGUUAAUAUUUGUGAUAGGGUAAGUGUGAUUGGUUUGAUAGUACAUGAAUUAUUGAUGGAAAAGGUUUAAAAGAAGGGGACUGUGGGUUUAAUUGUGAUUCUGACGAAGUUCCAACAUUAAGAAGAGCAAAAGUGCUUAAUCUGUUUUUAGUUUUUUAUUAAGUUUUGCAAGGAGUGAAGAGCUGGGUGGCAUUUUCUGGAUGUUUAGGAACAAAGAAAAAAUCCUGCAGUAUCUGGAUUGUACUGUUGUAACCAUCAUUUCCUUUCCAUCUCCCAACUUCUUUGCUCAGCAAUUAAAGAGAGAAUCAGGAAGAGUUUUUAAAUAUUGCUCUAAUUCUCUUAAAAGUUUGAAUGAAUGUUUCUCCUUUGAACAAUAAAAAGUGUGAGACUGUAA